AAACGCAAACAAGUAUUAACAAGCGCAACAUCCUUCCACCGUUUUAACGAGCUUCCUAUUUCGGUUUAGACGCAUAUACGCUAUAUGGUUUGUGUGUAUAAUAUUUAUGAGAUUAAGAAAUAUGAAUUUACCGAUGUAUGUGUUUUCCUUGGUCAUUUUGUUGACACACAGUGGACAGUGUGAACUGAGCAUCCGGCUGUUGUCAAAACGAUUGGAUGACAUCGUAUUCGAAAUGCAGUCGCAAGAGAAAUCAUUAAAACAGAUCCAAGAUAUCACGGCAACGACGAGUCAGCGGUUGGAGUCGUUUGAAAUGAGACUCAGCGCUCAGAUUGAGCAGUUGGCUUCUUUUGAAACACGGUUUAACGAUUUUAGACCCUGCAGUCAACAGCUGACCACCUUGGAGAAGAGGCUCGGUGAUAUUGAAAAUCGCUUUACCGAUGUCGCAGUUGUAGAAGCAGGGCGGCAGACGCAACUGUUAAGACGUGGUUUGGAGAAGGAGAAGGCGAUUAUUCAGCUACAAUUUGAGUCUGUCAGGAAAACGCAAGAAUAUCUUCAGUCUGAGAUGAAUGCAACGCAAACGGCUGUAAAAACGCAGUUAGCAGGUAUAAGAGGUCUGGAUGGAUUGCCCGGACCAAAAGGUGAGCCGGGUUUACCCGGAGAAGGUUCUCCAGGAGAGAAAGGGGAACCAGGAUUGCCGGGAAAGAAUGGUCCACCAGGAAUGAGAGGAGCAAAGGGUGAGACAGGUACAAGAGGUUUUAAUGGAUUUCCCGGAUCAAAAGGUGAGCCAGGUUUACUCGGCGAAGGUUCUUCAGCAGAGAAAGGAGAACCAGGAUUACCGGGCCAGAUUGGCGAGCCUGGACCAAGAGGACCACAGGGUGAGAAGGGUUCGUACGGACCAAGGGGUUUACCGGGUUUGACUGGAUUAAAAGGUGCGCCAGGUUUACCCGGAGAAGGUUCUCCAGGAGAGAAAGGAGAACCAGGACUCCCUGGAAAGAUUGGCGAGCCUGGACCGCCAGGACCACAGGGUGAGAGGGUAUAUGAAGGUAUAAGAGGUCUGGAUGGAUUUCCCGGAACAAAAGGUGAGCCGGGUUUACCCGGAAAAGGUUCUCCAGGAGAGAAAGGGGCACCAGGAUUGCCGGGAGAGAAUGGUUUAAGAGGUCUGGAUGGAUUUCCCGGAACAAAAGGUGAGCCGGGUUUACCCGGAAAAGGUUCUCCAGGAGAGAAAGGGGCACGAGGAUUGCCGGGAGAGAAUGGUUUAAGAGGUCUGGAUGGAUUUCGCGGAACAAAAGGUGAGCCGGGUUUACCCGGAAAAGGUUCUCCAGGAGAGAAAGGGGCACCAGGAUUGCCGGGAGAGAAUGGUUUAAGAGGUCUGGAUGGAUUUCCCGGAACAAAAGGUGAGCCGGGUUUACCCGGAAAAGGUUCUCCAGGAGAGAAAGGGGCACGAGGAUAUCCGGGAGAGAAUGGUCUACCAGGAUGGUAGGGUUCUAGAGGUAAUCGCUGCCACUUCGCCAAUACAUAUAGCCUCUGGUUCGCCAAAGUAGAGGAAAUGAGCAAUCUAGAAACUCCAGUUGUUACGCUUGUAUACAUACACCUACCCCUAAAUUAUUAGUCAGCCGUUGUCAAUUGAGCGCUAAAGAUAACAGAGGACCCAAUAACUUUAAAGCUAUCGUACUGACAUAUGCUUGAUCCAUACCCACUAUGCUGAGUGUGUGACUCGUAACGAAUUCUUUAAGUAAUCAAAACUAUCUUGUUUAAAUGUGUUGUUCCAAAAAUGGCUUGCAAUUAGUAUUAUUAAAUGUACUUUUCAUUUGUAUCAUUUUUUGAUCAUCUUGACCAAGAGGACCAGACGGUGAGUAGUGUUCGUAAGGACUAAGUGGGGAGUGUGGUGAGUUGAUGAGUAAACGAUGGUAACGGCAAAAGUUGUGCAUAUAAAAUAGCAUAAGAAGUAAUUUUUAAAGCGUACAAUUAAUAUCAGCAAUCAUCUAGGGCUAAGGUUUUUAAUGCAAAUAGUAUUGGAACCUUCGGAAAUUUUGUUAAAUGGUUUAUGAUAAUUACCGGUACUCUAUAGACAAUGGACUACAUUGUGAAAUACGAAUAGGGUCCAUUUGUAAUAAUCUAAAGAUUUUUACACAGUCUGGUUAAAUUCAUUCAGGUAAGGAAAUAAGUAAUCUUGAAUUGCCAAUCAACAAAACUGCUCUCUAAAAAGUUGAAUUACUAGCUUUCUGAAUUGUGCAUAAACUGUUUGACAACAAAACACUUAAACACUAAAAUUAAAUGUUUUCUCAAUGAGUGAAUGGCUGUCAAUUAAAAUAUUAUCUCUUUGAAGCACAGUGUGCUAGUUUGCUAAAAAAACUGUCAAUACAACAUCACCUCUGUCAAGCAUUGAGAUCCAUGUGAGAGAUAGGAAAUACUUGUUGCUGCAACAAAUUGAAAAACAUGGCUGUAUGGGUACAAAGCAAUUGUUGUUUUAUGGCUAAGUGAACCCUUGUGAUCACUCUAGAAGUACUUGCGUUGUCCAGUAAUCCUUUAUACUUUUUCUCAGAACGUUUAUCCUAUAUAUGUGUCAUAAGUAAUAUAUCGGCCGAGUCUGACAAUGUUCUAAUGACUACUCGGUCGAGUUAAAAAGGGGUUCUGACCUACUGUAUAAACACGCCCGCCAGGAGGCGGACAAGUUUUCUUGAUCUGUUUUUUGCAAACAUUGAUGCUACUAUAUAAGUCACAGUUUGUGUCCAAUAAACAUACAACUUUA